GUGGGGCGGGCAGGCCGGGUCGGCCCGGGUCCCCGGGGUGCUGCCCCCGCCGGGUGCCAUAGCGGCUCCUCCAGGUCAGGGGUCCGAGAGGCGGUUCUCCAGACCUCGUGUUCGCCGCACGGAGCGAUCGAGCCUAGUGUCCUGCAGAGGACGCUCGUCAGCGCGUUCUUACCACUGUCAUCUUGUCACCCCUUUGUUUAGCUCCACCCCCCCGGGCUGGGAAACCCGGCCGCGGACGGUCCGCGAUCCCCCGGGCCCAGGCCCCGGGCUGCCCCGCCUUGUCUUCCCCCGGCCACGCGCCGCGAGCCCGGGAUGCAGCUCUCCAACAGGGCGGCAGCCAGGGAAGCGGCGAGCCGCGACGUGCUGGCCGCGGACCUCCGCUGCAGCCUCUUCGCCUCGGCGCUGCAGAGCUACAAGCGGGACUCGGUGCUGCGGCCCUUCCCCGCCUCCUACGCCCGCCGCGACUGUAAGGACUUCGAGGCCCUGCUUGCAGAUGCUGGCAGGUUACCCAAUCUGAAAGAACUUCUCCAGUCCUCCAGAGACACAGACAAACAGGCUUGGGACCUGGUGAGCUGGAUUUUAUCCUCCAAGAUCCUGACAAUCCACAGCGCAGAGAAGGCAGAGUUCGAAAAGAUCCAGCAGCUGACUGGUGCCCCUUGCACGCCUGUUCCCACCCCGGACUUCCUAUUUGAAAUCGAGUACUUUGACCCAGCCAACGCCAGAUUUUAUGAGACCAAAGGAGAACGAGACCUCAUCUAUGCCUUCCAUGGCAGCCGCCUAGAGAACUUCCACUCCAUCAUCCACAAUGGUCUACACUGCCACCUGAACAAGACAUCUUUGUUUGGGGAAGGGACCUACCUCACAAGUGACUUGAGCCUGGCCCUCAUUUACAGUCCUCACGGCCAUGGGUGGCAGCACAGCCUCCUUGGACCAGUCCUUAGCUGUGUAGCCGUGUGUGAGGUCAUCGAUCAUCCAGAUGUCAAGUGCCAAACCAAGAAGAAGGAUUCCAAGGAAAUCGACCGCAGCAGAGCGAGAAUCAGGCACAGUGAAGGGGGAGAUGUCCCUCCCAAGUACUUUGUAGUCACCAACAACCAGCUUCUGCGGGUGAAGUACCUUCUGGUGUAUUCCCAGAAGCAGCCCAAGAGAAAAUGUUCUGUUGAAAGGCGAGUUGGCGGUGCCAGAGCAAACAGCCCCAGAUCUCCUGAGCAGAGCCGCACGAAGCUUCACUUCGUGAAAUUCAUCAUGUCCUGUCCUCUGAGACAGAACUUCUUGCAUACACUUAAAACAAAAAUGUUUUUCCCGAGUUGCCAACACCCUUUUUCCCUCUGGGCAGGGCCUCCAGUCAGCUCUCCUGGCUGUCCAGCCAUUGGUUCAUGGUCAUGAUGUCCCUGUAUCUGCUGCUGCUGCUCAUUGUGAGUGUCACCAACUCCUCUGCUUUCCACCACUUCUGGAACCGAGUGAAGAGAUGAUCCCAGGCGCCUGGAGUGGGGGCCACUCACCACGUGCCUUAUGGAAGCUUGUCCUCCACCUCCUGCAUCUCAUAUCCAGCCAGGUCGAAUUUGGGGACCGGUUGCAGGGGGUGCACAGGACAAUUUUCAUAUGCCAUAAAUGUACUGAUUGCCUUGGAUGGUGUGCCCAGUCACAGUCCAGUCAAUGGGUGGCCUCCCAUCUGCUUCUUCCCAAAUAGUCGAGGGAGGUGGCUCUUCAGCCAGGGCCAAAGGAAAAGUAACUCCUGCUGCGUUUAAAAGCAACGUGUCCAAGCUGUCCGUGGUGUUUACAAUCGCUCAAACGGAGGCUGGCCCUUUCUUUAAUGCCUUUUGGAAGACAGAGAGUGUGCAAUGGGGGUGAUAAAUCAUUAGGCGGUUGCCUUGUUUUGACUCAAGACACCCAAGAGGGACAGUCGUGUUUCUCGUAAGAACCAGUGGGAUCGUUUGGGGAUUCCAUCAGCUUUAGUCUGCGGGUGUAAAACAUUUGAACGGUUUUCUCAGAUCAACAAACGGUUUCUGCUACAGCUGUACCUCCCUCCCUUCUUAACCACACAGAGAAGGAGCCACAGAGGGAUAACAAAAUGCAGACUUAACCACUAGGAACUCCGUCAUCGUUUUCUAAAAAUGACCAACUGCUGAUUACAGCUGAAACGGAACCAAAUGUUUGUUCUCUGCUUUUGUUGCUGUUUGUUUUAAAGUACCUGUUUGACACAUUAGCCUCCGUGAGCCGAAUAAAAGGAGAGAUGUCUAAACCUAGAGCACCCCGUGGCCUGGGGCCACAGCCUCUUUCCUGGCUGUGUUAUAGAGAGAAGGAUCCAAGCCAUAGGCUCGCCAGGGUCCUCAUUCCCACGAAGCUGCCUUGAUCUACAACACUCUAGGCCUUCAGGGGCCCGGUGGUCUUCAAGACAGACACCUGCCUCAGUUGGCCUCCUAUCUUCCUGCACUGAGUCUCCCUCAGAGGAGCCGUCAUCUUUGGGACUCAGCCCGAGUUUUAGUGUGUGAGCAGAGAGCCCCAGCUGUCCAUGCUGGGUUGUUUACCCCUCCUUCCUGCCAACCUUCAACCAGGAAAGAACGCUGUUGAAUGGGAAUGAGGUCUCCACAGAGAAGGAGAUCGUUUUUCUACAAUUUGUAAAGUUUCUGAAAAAGCCACUAUUAAGUUUUUAAAUCAAA